AUGGGAACUGUUUCAAGCAAAAUCGAUGAUUCGGGGACCCUGUUCUUCAAGGACCAGAAUAGAUUUGCUAUCGCAAAUAUAACGGUUCUAAAUGCGCAGGGGCGGGCACUGUUACAUCUUGCACCAAAUGGAUUCCCCGCAUCGAGAUAUAUCGCCACGCGCCACUCUGGCGAUGACAGCCCCGUUGAAUAUGUGCAGGAUCCCGACCCGCCACAGUCCACAUCAACACCAUCCUUCCUCCUUCGGUUGAAUAACGACGAUGAACUUUCCUUCAAAUUCACAUUUAUAAUCAGGCAGACACAGUCUGGCCAGGUUUUCAAUUCCAACAUCAACGGAGUGGCAACUUCUCUACCAGAGACUACGGAUACAAGCCUUAUGGGCCUAACGUUUGCGCAUGCGACCAAUAUCAAGGAACUUGACAACCUGAUAACAAGAGAGUUUCACGCGAAUCCAAACUUACAGAAUAACUCAAACGUACAGCUAGUCGGGGAUUUCUCAACAAGCGGAAGUCCCUCUAUUCAGUUUGAUUGGACUUGGAAAUGGAAACCACCCAAGGCAGUAGAAGACAAAGGCGGCGGUUGGCGCAACAGUUGCAGCUUUCUCGACUACGAUCAAAGGACUAACCGCUUGAACACCUUGGCAAAUAUCACGUUCUGGGUUCAGAAUACAGUGCGCCCUGGAUCUAGCCCGCAAUUGAUGUCACCUCCGAAUUUGGAUAUUGGUUAUCCUGCGCGCAAUCGCAUGCCAUCAAGUCAGUCGUUCUUGUCUCAUUUGAGUGACACAGAGGCCCCGGGCAUGACAGGACAGUCGGUUAGUCCUGGAGAGUUGGCAACACCCGGUCCACCAUCGUCGUCUUCAUCUGUGCCUGUUGCCAACAUGCACGCUCCGGUCAAAGUCGACCUUCCGUCACGACAAGGCGACGAUAUGAGUGCCGUAGAAGAUGGUCCAUUGUUCCGUGCUACAAUGAAAGCCUUGGAGCAGAAGACGGGGAAUAUGCGCACGAAGAUCAAGAAGGUGCUCAAGAAAGCCGAGGCGGCUCACAUGGCCCAAUUGGCCUGCAACGAUGCUGUAAACGGUUUCAUUUCAGCUUUGAAUGAUGCGUCAGCCUCCAACGCCAAUGCUAUCCAACCCGCCAUGGAGCAUUAUUUCGAAAGAAUUGCACGAGAGAUUCUCAAAUACGAGCAAAUCAACGCAGUUCAGCUCCAGAAGCUCGUCAUCGAGCCAUUGUCAAAACUAUAUCAGAACGAUAUCAAGCAGGCAGAAUCCAAGAAGAAGGAUUUCGAUGAAGAAAGCAGGGACUAUUACGCCUAUGUUGGUCGGUACUUGGGGCAACGACAAGAUUCGUUAAAGGAGAAGAAGCGGGUUGAGAGUGAUUCCAAGUAUCAGACGAAACGCCGAAACUUUGAGUUGAAACGGUUCGACUACUCCUCUUUCAUGCAGGACCUUCAUGGUGGUCGAAAGGAACAAGAAGUCCUAUCGCAUCUCACGAAGUAUGCGGAGACACAAGCAAGGAAUUAUCUGUCAACAGCCAAGAAAGUAGAAGAUAUGCUUCCGCAACUAGAGGCAUUAGUACGAGAAGUUGAUCAAGCAGACAAGGAGUUCCAGUUCAAACGGACAGAAAGAGAAGAGAAACGAAGAGCUUUGGAGAAGAGUAGCAAGACUUAUGUGGAACCGGACAGUGCAAGUACCUCCGCUGCAUUGGGAGCAACAAAUAACCCACAGCAGCCGGAGCCAGAGCUCAAUCGAGCAGAUAGUACUGGUUCGCAGCUCAGAAGUGUGCAUAGUAACACCUCGUCAAUCUCUUCACAAACGGCUCAGUCUCCCGGCCAAGCCGGUCUGAGUAGCUCGCUCUCCAACGCAAGUUCGACUGGCGGAAAUCGUUUCAAGGGUAUUCGCGAUCUCGAAGAACGUGAUAACUCGUUGGUAACUGGCUAUGACAAACAAGGAGGUCCUCAAAGAAAGGAAGGCUUGCUCUGGGCUUUGUCACGGCCCGGCUCGCAUAUUGAUCCUAAGGGUAUCAAUAAACAGGCAUGGCAUAAGUUUUGGAUUGUGCUGGACCAAGGCAAACUUUCUGAAUAUAGCAACUGGAAACAACGGUUAGAUCUCCAUAUAGAACCCAUCGAUCUUCGCAUGGCAUCUGUUCGAGAGGCGAGAAAUGCAGAUCGUCGUUUCUGCUUUGAGGUGAUCACCCCUCAGUAUAAGCGCAUAUACCAAGCAACUUCCGAAGAGGAUAUGAGUAAUUGGAUAACGGCCAUCAACAAUGCCUUGCAAAGUGCCGUUGAAGGGCGCAGUGCGCCGCCAUCCAUGCCUCCACCAUCAGCACACAACGAGAAUAGUUCCAUCCGGCGUGACAUUGGGUCAAUUCUGACUGGUAAAAGCUCUUCCUACUCUGGACAGCACGGUUAUUCCACCACUGCAUCCUCGAAUACGAACACUGUCAACCGACGGACGACUGUGGGUGCACGGCCAAGCUAUAUUCGCAGCGACAGUAAUAGCUAUGAAGAAAAUCCGGCAAAACUAUUGCAGACAAUUCGAGAUGCUGACCACGGGAAUAAGUGGUGUGCCGACUGCGGGUCCACGCUGAAGGUAGAAUGGGUAUCGAUUAAUCUCGGAAUUGUGCUGUGUAUAGAGUGCAGUGGUAUUCAUCGUUCACUGGGAACCCAUAUUUCAAAGAUUCGAUCUUUAACAUUGGAUGUGAACUCUUUCUCGAAUGACAUUGUGGAGAUCCUGUUGCAGGUUGGAAACCGGGUCAGUAAUAUGAUAUGGGAAGCGACGUUGGAUCAAUCGUCAAAGCCACAAGCACAAUCGACCCGAGAACAGCGAUUGAAGUUCAUUACUGCCAAAUACAGUGAACAUGCAUACGUACAACCGUUGGCGGUGGGACUGUCUCAUUAUACCACUCCCAACGAGACAUUGUUGGCAUCAAUCAAGAAGAAUGAUAUACAAGGAGUUCUCUACGGUAUAGCCUUGAAAGCAAACGUCAAUGCCACAGAUCGGUCACGAAACACGCAUGCCGUCUUCCUUGCCCUCGCCGCCGCUGACCCAGCUACUCCUGGAUCUACAUCACCCGGAUUCACUCCCGUGAGCACAGCCAAACAAGCACCACCCAAAGCCAUUCCCUUCCCUAUUGCCGAACUCCUCGUACAAAAUGGGGCAGAGAUCCCACAACAACCUGCACCUAUACUCCUCUCACCUGCCGCACAAUUAUACCUUAGUCAACGCACGGCUACCGUGUCAAAUUCCUUCCCAUCAUCAACAUCGACCGCCACAACUAAUAAUACCACACCGAGCUCCGGGAGAUCUGCAACGGACACUUUAUCGUCGCUACCCCUGAUUAGAGGAGGAUCGACUUCUGAAUCACAUUCGGCGGCGCAUGCACUCGCGCCGCUGGACGGUAGGGAGCGAGAAAGACUUCAAAAGAGGGGCAGUGCCGGUGCAAGAUUUGCCGGCAAAGUUUCAUCUUUGGGUGUUGAUAAGUGA